AUGACUGAACGGACGGAGUUCUCAAAAGAGCUCAGUGAUGCUUUUGAACAUCUGGACAAUUACAAGCUGUGUCUCGAUCGCCUCAAUGAGUCAGUGUGUCAAGUUAUUCAAAGGGACCCAUCUUUCCGGAAGAUGGACCAGAAAAUGGAGUUGGCGCCUCCUCCAGGUCAAGAUCCCUACGAGUUGGUCACUGCAUGGUUAACUAACAGUAAAACAUUCGACGAUUAUAAGAAUCAUAAGGCUCAAGUAAGUCUCUACGAAAAGCAAGCAACCGAACAUCGAGAUUACAUUCGCCGAGCCAGACGUGCCCUCCACAAUAUACGGACAUUCGUGCAGCACGACUAUUGGAUAGUCGGGAUUCAACGAACAGAGCUCGAUAAUCUGCGCAUAGAGAUGGAUUUCGCAAAAGCAGAACUUAAAGCCGCCAAAGAGCCACAACUUGUAGAUUUGAAGAACAAAUUAUACGCUCAAGCUGUGAAAGCAUUUGAAGAGAAGCUAAAAGAGGUAACCAAACUCAUGGAUGCAGUCCCAAAAAACAAGGAGGCUCACUUGGCAGAUGUGAUUGAAUGGACCAACUGUACACGAGUGUAUCACGAGAAAAUGGCCAAACUUCUUGAAAACACCUAA